AGUAGUGAGGCAAUGCUUGUGUAACACUGCUUUCUCUUUUCGGCUCAUCAGACCCAGCAGAGACUCUGAGGGAGAGCCAUCCAGGAUCAACCUUUAGACUAUCUUUUAUCUCAGCUAACUGUUUUCACCAUUCACUGCUACAUGGCCACCGUCGCCAGCAGCGCACCUCUGCCGGAGAGAAACACACUUGUUGAGGAUCCGCUGGCUCAGGAGAUCGUGCAGAGGAGCCGCAGCUUGAUAGAAAAGAUCCUGCUCUCUAUUCCCGACACGCACAAAUCCUCCAUUCACUCUGAGGCCCUACGACUCAAUUCCUCAGAAAAUGCGAAUCUUGAGACAAUGGCAGUAACCAUUGGCAUCCCCUCUGCUCCUGUACUCAAAGUUGGGUCAGAACACUUCACUUUGAAAACUAGUUUGAAACAUAUGUCCGAGGGUCUUCAGCUGUACCGGGCCACACUGAGUGCCGUCUCUCCUCGAUUGGAAAACAAAGACAAAGUGACGGAGCUACUGGCUGACAUCAGAGACCUCGUCAUUCAGAUCAAUAAGAUGCUGAAAAUGGUCCAAUCCGAGGCUGUGGUGCAACCCACGCCUGCUCCUGUGGUCUUGCGUCUACCAGGGGACUAUGAGGUUCAGGUGGCAGCACACCUGACUCUGGAUCGGCUUCAGUCUUUUGGGCAGGACAUGGUCCGCUGCCUCAGGAGUCUGGACCAGAGCAAUGAGGAGGAGACAGAGAGCAAGACCAAUAUAUAGUCCAACAGUGCCAGCUUUUGGCUCAUGUCCAAAACGUACCAUAUCCCGCCAUUUUUUAUUAUGGCAUUAAUUUAUUUAACAAUUAUUUAUUAUUUGUGAUAAAUUUCUAUUUUUAUUUAUAUAUUUAUUUAUUAAAUUGGAAUGUGGAAUAUUUAUUUAGGAAAUGUAUUUUUGAUAACAAAGCUUCGGAUCCGUUAGUCCUUCUGCUUUAACAUAGGUCUGCUGCUUCUUUGGAAAGUACUUCAUUAGACCUACAACACAUAGCAAGAACUAAAAAAUGAAAUCAUCCUCCAGUCUCAGACUAAAAUAAACAAUAUACACAUCAAGAAAUACUCAUAACUCUCUCCAUAGCCAAGUUUUAUAAAAAUAACAUGUAGAAACAGCUUAAAGCCUGAUCCUUCCUGUGUAAGCCAGCAGACAUUUAUGAACUGUUAACUCUUAUUUUAGGUGUUUGGGGGCAAAUUAAGGACUUAUUACACAUUCUGUAAAAUAUUAAAAAGAAACUAAGUAUUUUUGUAUCUUAUUUAAAAAAUAUAUUAUAUAUACAAUAUUGUACAUGAUUGCAUUCUCUGAUCUUCCAAUUAAAAAAAACCCAACACUUGAAAA